GAAAAGAUGGAAUACUUUGACGUUGGUUUGUUAUUGAAAGUGUGUUUAAUCAGUGUAAUCACAGCAAACUGCAAUGCAGAAGCAUCUAAGGAACCUUAUCAAAGCGAAAUACCUACGCAGGGAUUAUACAAUGCCAGUGAUAACGUAGUUAUUUUGAAUGUAACCAAUUUUAAGUCAUCUGUCUACGGAGACACUAAAGGAUGGUUAGUCGAAUUUUACAAUAGUUGGUGCGGUUUUUGUUCCCGAUUUGCACCUCUAUGGAAAACUUUUGCUGAUGACAUUUACACAUGGAAGGAUAUUGUGGUAAUUGCUGCAAUAGAUUGUGCAGAUGAUGAUAACAAUCCAAUUUGUCGUGAAUACGAAAUUAUGCAUUAUCCAAUGCUGAAAUAUUUUUCUGUAAAUGCACACACAUCAUUUACAGGAUUAGUGAUGGAAAAGGAUAAUAGUGUCAGUAAGCUUAGACGCAACUUAAUUAAUCUGUUGGAAAAUGAACAACAAGAAGGACGUGGUAUUUCAUGGCCUAACAUUACACCAUACAGAAAUUAUGAAACUACAAAUAUUUGGAGAGCUGUGCCAAAAACUGUGAAAUAUUUUUUUCUAUUGUUUGAAAAGACAGACUCACAUUUAGGAGCAGAAGUUAUAUUAGACAUGCACAAAAUCUCGAUAUUACAAAUUAGAAGGGUAACAUCUGACAAUGAAUUACUAUGCGAUACAAAUAAAAUUACUAAUUUCCCAAGUCUGAUAGUUUUUAGUCGCAAUGACACGCAAAAAACUCUUAAGAUCAGAGUACCAACAAGGGAAAGCACUUACAAUACUAUUAUGCAAUUCAUGAUUUCCAGAGGUGAAAAUAUUCAUGAACAAAAUUUUACAAAGCAUCAUUUGACAGAAACAAAUCACAAAUCAAGUACGAGCACCUCAAAGCAAUCACAGGGGACAGAAAAAUUAGAAAAUACACUUAUCGACGAUCAUUUGUAUCAGUUGGAUUUGGAGAACACUUUGAGAUACUCUAUCAGCCAUGAAAUUCCACUACACAAAAUAAUAAAAGGCGAGAAGAUCGAUGCAUUGAAAAAGUAUUUAAAUGUAUUAGCUGAUUAUUUCCCUCUAAGACAUGGGAAUAUCUUUUUAGAAACUAUUCAUGAUAUUAUUAAAACAAGAGAUAAUAUAUCCGGGGAGGAAUAUAGACAAAUAAUAAAAUCUACCGAGGAAGAAAUGUCACCCGUAUAUUCUGGAUCUUCACAGUGGAUUGGAUGUAAAGGAAGCAAAGAUGGAUACCGUGGAUAUCCGUGUGGUCUUUGGACAAUGUUUCAUAUGUUAACAGUUAACUUUGCCAAUGAAAAUAAAGAUACUGAACACGAACCACGGAAGAUAUUAGAAGCUAUGUAUGGGUAUAUAAAACAUUUCUUUGGAUGUGCCGAUUGCUCUCAACAUUUCGUACAAAUGGCCGCGAAAAAUAAAAUUUUCGAUGUAUCUAAUGUUAAUAAUACUAUUUUGUGGUUGUGGUCAGCUCAUAAUGAAGUAAAUGCACGAUUGUCAGGUGAUGAUACUGAAGAUCCAAAACAUAAAAAAAUUCAGUAUCCUGUAGCAGAACAUUGUCCAAAUUGUAGACACGAAAAUGGCACUUGGAAUGAAAAGAAUGUUUUACAUUACCUCCAAAUGAAAUACAGUUAUAAAGGAAUAAAUUAUUAUGGUUCUAGUGACAGCCGUAAGGAUAAUGGUAAUAAAAUGAAAGUAAGACAAGAAAGACUAGUACUGAAUAAAUAUAUAAGUAGCAAGAAACUUGGUUGGGACUUUACAAUUUUUGAUAUAAGUAUUUGCGUUGUGUUAUAUGUUACGUCCGCUGUCAUACUUAUAUUAGUCUGUGUGAAAUUUGCAGUUAAACGAACGUACAGAAAAAAAACAUAUGUCAGCUUACUUGGCAGAGUAUGAUUUUUAUUUUUUACCAUUAAAUUUGUAGCAUUUCUACGA